AUGUCUUCGUUCCCCCGUCGCCCACCAUCCGGCAUCAUCGUCAUCAUCGUCGGUGCCGGUUUCGCUGGCAUCGCAGCAGCCAUAGAAUGCGAUCGCAAAGGCCACACACCCAUAAUCCUUGAAAAAGCCUCAUCAAUAGAGGAAAUCACAUGCUAUGGUGACAUUAUCUCCUUCGACCCCAAUGGCGCGCGCAACUUUGAGCGCUGGCCUGGCGUCAUUGAAGAUAUGCAGAAAGUCGCGCGCCAGACUAGUUGGCUGGACUUGUAUUCUUGGAAAGGCGAGUUCGUUACGAGGCAGAGUUUUCAAGAGGAGAACAAUUGGGGGCCUAGGAUUAAUGGUCACAGAGGCGAACUGUACGGGAUCAUGUAUGCACAUGCGAUCGCGAGGGGGAUGGAUAUUAGGCUGGGACAAAGAGUCACAGACUACUUUGAGAAUGACGAGAGAUCCGGAGUGAUUGUCAAUGGCGAAGAGCUGACUGCAGAUGUUGUCAUUGCCGCGGAAGGCGUGAGGUCGCGUGGGCGCAAGAUUGUGCUGGGGUUUGACGACAAGCCUAAGAGCUCAGGAUACGCAGUUUACAGAUCAUGGUUCUCGGGCGAUGCAAUCAAGGACAAACCGUUGUUGAAGCAUCUCGUAGAUGGCGACUCACAUUCCGGGUUCAUCGGACCGGAUCUGCACUUCCUUGUGUCGUCUUUGAAGGGAGGGAAGGAGUUCAAUUGGGUGUUCACCCAUAAGGACGAUGGCAACAUCGAAGAAAGUUGGCAGUUCCCCGGGAGAGUUGAGGAUUGCCUCAAGUACGUGGAAGGUUGGGCGCCCAUCGUACAGGAAAUUGUCAGGUCAACGCCAAAGGGCGCAAGGCUUAUCGACCACAAGCUCGUAUAUCGCGAUCCAUUGCCGACAUUUAUUUCGCCAAAAUGUCGAAUUGCGUUGAUUGGAGAUGCGGCACAUCCGUUCUUACCGACAUCCAUCCAGGGCGCCAGUCAAUCCAUAGAGGAUGGCGUGGUUCUAGCAGCGUGUUUGGAGAUGACUGGGAAGAAAGAUGUGCCUUUGGCCAUCCGGGCGUAUGAGGAAAUACGAUAUGAAAGAGUACACAAGGCGCAAGCAACGGGUGUAAAGACGAGGGAGAAGUGGCACAAAGCUAAUUGGGACGAGAUUGCGAAGACGCCGCAAGCGAUACACCUGACCAGAGAAGCAUGGCUCUUGAAUUUUGACGCGGAGAAGGAUUGUUACGAGCGGUUUGGAGAGGUCGCGAAAGAAUUGCAGAGCGGGCGUGCUAGGCUAUAG